GUGUUUCAGGAGAAAACUGUGACUUAAAGAAACUCUUCUCUCCUUUCCAGUUACAGACUCUCACACCUCACUGUACCCACUGCAGAGACAGGCUCCGCCCCCUCCUCUGCCCCCUCCUCAACCUGAUUGGCUGAAGCACAUGACUGUAGGAUAGGACUUGUCAUAGUCUCCGCCCCCUCAGACAUGUGACUGCGUGUCUCCGCCCCCGGUGUCACUGAGACCGAGCCGUCCAGGAGCUGUGUGUGUCUGUCUGAGUGCAGUGAGAGUGUGUGUGAGUGUGUGUGUGAGUGAGUGGCUUAUAUAAGGCUCGGUAUAAGGAUUUAUUUUGUUCUUUUCUGCCUGGAGAGAGAAAACACACACACACACACACACACACACACACACUCAGGAUGGAGUUUUCUCUGCCGGUGUCAGAGCAGCGGUGCUCUGGCCCGGAGGCUGAGUGUUAGUCAUGGCGCAGCCGGGCUCCGUCACAACCAGCACACUGCACCUGGUGGCCAAUGACAUGACCGACAUCAUGGAGAACCUCGACACGCGCGAGCUGGACAUCGGAGACGGCGAGGACGAGUUUGAAGGUCCCGGCGCUCAGAGUGCAGGAACUCGUGUCCCGUUCUCGCUCAUCUACAAGACGGUGGGGGUUAAAGAACAGGAUCCUCGAGUCUUCCUCACAUCGUCCCCCAUCACUGCCAAAAUCCUGGAGGUGGAGCGCUUCGCCUGUGCUCAGGACCGCUUCAACAUCACCAACCAGAGGAGUGUGUCGAAGAAACUUCCUGCAGUUUUCAGGAUCGAGAUGAAACACGGAAACUUCACCUGGAUCGUGAAGAGGAAGGAGAAGCACUUCAUGGAGCUUCACAGAGAGCUACGCACCUACAAAACAUUCCUGAAGAUUCCACUACCGACUCGCACUCACACGGAGCGGAGACAGACGGUCAGACAGACACGUCAGAUGCCCAGUUUACCGCGCGGCGGAGGAGACGAGCUCGCCCGAGAGGAGCAGGUGUCCAGCCGGAGGCGCCAGUUAGAGGAUUAUUUAAACAAGCUGCUAAAGAUGCCGCUGUACAGGAACUACCACGCCACCAUGGAGUUCAUUGACGUGAGUCAGCUCUCGUUUAUCCACGAUUUGGGACCAAAAGGCUUAGAAGGCAUGGUCCACAAGAGGUCAGGAGGUCACCGCAUCCCCGGGCUCAACUGCUGCGGCCGCAGUAAAGUGUGUUACCGCUGGUCCAAACGGUGGCUGGUGGUGAAAGACUCGUUCCUGCUCUACAUGAAGCCCGACUCCGGCGCGAUCUCCUUCGUCCUCCUGGUGGAUAAAGAGUUCUGUGUGAAAAUGGACUCUAAAGACACGGACACGAAACACGGCGUGCGUGUGGACAGUCUGUGCAGGAACCUGAUUCUGAAGUUCUCCAGUUACCGCCACGUGCGCUGGUGGGGGCAGGCCAUCGACGACUUCGUGCGCGAGUACGGCGCCGCCUUCCUGCAGGACCAUCGCUUUGGUUCCUUCGCCAGCGUGCAGGAGAACAUCUCCUCCAAAUGGUACGUGAACGGUAAAACCUACAUGGAGGACGUGGCUAAUGCGCUGGAGGAAGCUGAGGAGGAGAUCUUCAUCACAGACUGGUGGCUCAGCCCCGAGAUCUUCCUCAAACGGCCGGUCGUCGAAGGAAAUCGCUGGCGUCUGGACUGCAUUCUGAAGCGCAAAGCCCAAAAAGGAGUUCGGAUAUUUGUCCUGCUCUAUAAGGAGGUGGAGCUCGCGCUCGGGAUCAACAGUGAAUACAGCAAGAGGACGCUGCUGCAGCUUCACCCCAACAUCAAGGUGAUGCGACAUCCUGACCACGUCUCCUCCACCGUCUAUCUCUGGGCUCAUCACGAGAAGAUCGUGGUGAUCGACCAAUCGGUGGCCUUUGUGGGCGGGAUCGAUCUGGCGUACGGGCGCUGGGACGACCGCGAGCACCGUCUGACGGAUGUGGGGAGCGUGACCAGAGCCCUCAACACGUCUGCAGAGAAUGUUCCGGAAGCGUCUCUGUCCAUGGCUCCUCCCUCUAACGGCGCCGUACAGAGUAACGGGAAAAACUCCAGCAGGGAUUCGGAGGAUCAGCCCAAACUCAAAGGCUACGGGAAAAGGAGGAGGAGUCGCUUCAGCAUCAGGAAACGUCUGCAGAGACACGGGCUGGUCCACGCCGACAGUGUGAGCAGCAACGAGAGCUCCGAGGAGAACACAGAUCAGGCUCCGCCCCUGCAGGCUGAUGUCAUCGGGCUGAUGGGGAACACGCGCUUCUGGCACGGGAAGGAUUACUGUAACUUUGUGCACAAGGACUGGAUCCAGCUGGACAAACCGUUCGAUGAUUUCAUCGACAGACACAUCACUCCCAGAAUGCCCUGGCACGACAUCGCCUCAGUGGUUCAUGGGAAAGCUGCGAGAGACGUCGCGCGGCACUUUAUUCAGCGCUGGAAUUUCACCAAGAUCAUGAAGCCGAAGUACCGCUCCCUCUCGUACCCGUACCUCCUCCCCAAAUCCCACGCCACCGCUGGUGAGAUCCGACACUCGGUCCCGGGCUGCGUUCCCACCAGAGUUCAGGUGUUGCGCUCAGCGUCAGACUGGUCGGCGGGUAUAAAGCACCAUGAAGAGUCGAUCCACAACGCCUACGUGCAGGUGAUCGAGAACAGCAAGCACUACAUCUACAUCGAGAACCAGUUCUUCAUAAGCUGCGCUGAUAACAAGCUCGUGUACAACCGGAUCGGCGACGCCCUCACGCAGAGGAUCAUCAAAGCCUACAGGGAGGGUGCAAGGUACCGUGUGUAUGUGGUCACUCCUCUCUUACCGGGGUUCGAGGGAGACAUCAACACCGGAGGGGGCAGCGCCCUGCAGGCCAUCAUGCACUUCAACUACAGGACGAUGAUCAGAGGAGAUCACUCCAUCGUGUCCCAGCUGAAGAAAGAGAUGGGAGAUAAUUGGAUGAACUACAUCUCGUUCGGGGGACUGAGGACUCACGCAGAACUGGAGGGGAAACUGGUGACGGAGCUGAUUUACGUCCACAGCAAAAUGCUGAUCGCAGACGACAACACCGUCAUCAUCGGUUCAGCAAACAUUAAUGACCGCAGUAUGUUGGGAAAGCGUGACAGUGAAGUGGCUGUUAUUUACGAGGACACAGAGACAGAGACAUCGGUGAUGGAUGGACAGGAAUAUCAGGCAGGACGUUUCGGACUGCGGCUGCGUCUGGAGUGUUUUAGGACGAUCCUCGGCUCUAACACCGACUCCAGCAUCGACGUCUCGGACCCCGUCAGUGAUCAUUUCUACAAGGAUGUGUGGCUGACCACUGCGUCCCGCAACGCCUCCAUCUACCAGAAGGUGUUCCGCUGCUUGCCGUCGAGCGACGUGAGGAUGAUCUCGGAGCUGGAAGUGUAUCUGUCCAAGCCUGGGCUGGAUAAAGAAGAUCCUCUGAAAGCUCAGGAGGAACUCAAGAAGGUCCGAGGCUUCCUGGUCCAGUUCCCGCUCUACUUCCUGUGUGAGCAGAACCUUCUCCCUCCCAUCGGUUCUAAAGAGGCCAUGGUACCCAUGGAGGUGUGGACCUGAGAGACUGAGCAGGUUCCUCCUGCAGAGGAUUUAUCUCAGGAGGGUUCUGAGCCUUUGCCUCGAGGACGUGCUUUCUUUUCUAACACUAUGCAACUGGAACCUUCAAGAUAGUAAACGCACGGAGAGGAACAUGUCGAUGAAGAUUCUCACACGUCCUGGAGGACUCGUCCAGAGGUUGAUUAAAUAUCAGCUGGAAGCUUCUUGUUUGUCUGAAACGUUCCUCUCCUCACGCGUGCAGCUCCUUCAGUCUGAGAAUGUUUGGUUAGAGACACAGAUAAGUCCCCCGUCAUCUGUAUCUCACCUGAAUCCGCCGUGUCCCGUCCAUGCCGAGGUUUCAUCCCUCCACAGGAGUCCAGAUCUGUCCAGGUCCUUCAGGGGUCACAGUGUGACGUCACGUCUGAUCGCCUCAUUCUCGGCUUCUCUAUUACGCUUACAGAGUUACGUCACGUUGUUCUCGUACCGCGGCGGUUUUAGUGUAAAGACAGAA